UUAAGGUGGUGAGAGAAAAACACAGCAAAUCCGUUAUGUUUUCUCUCUCUCUCACUCUCUCUCUCUCUCUCUCUCUGUGUCUGUCUCUCUCUGUGCGCGGCCACAAUCCCCACCACCAUCUCUGCCCAUGGAAUUUUAGCAUCCCAAUGUGACUCCACAGGAAAAAGUAGACAUUGCAGCCAUGUCUGCGGGUCUUCUUUGAAACCCCUCAACCCACCUUUUUUCUCUCUUCACUUGCCACCUUCCUUUACUGCUCUAUAAUCAUCGUCAGAGUCUCGCCAUUCUGGUAAAAUGGGUUUCAUGGGAAACUUGGAAUGGGGCAAUUACUUCGGCAAGAAGCGAUGCAAGAGCCUGUUCUGGAGACUGAGAGCCAAGCUCAAGAAGGCUCUUAACCAUGGGGCUACCCACAAGAAGCAGCUCAGGUUUCAGUAUGAUCCUUCCAGUUAUGCUCUUAACUUCGAUGAUGGCUGUUUCACCACAAUAUUGAAGACGGAACCAAGAAGAGAACUUUCAGGAACGUACAAGUCCUGGGAUUUUACACUGAUGUCAACAACACCACUACCUGGGUUUGUGUCGUUUGGGACCUAUUUUAGAGUUCUAAAGCUGUAAAAGCCCACCCCCAUCUUUUUCUUUUUCUUCUACUUUCUCUUUUUCUGCUUUUCCAUUUCCACUCUGUAUUUUCCCCACCUUGGCAAAAAAGAACGAUAGGACUUGACCAUUAUUCAAGCAUUUUGCUCCCAGUCAAGUACUUCUUCAUUGCA